AUGUCAUUUAUAGGAUUAAGUCUUUUCUAUUGGGCUGAUAAAUACAUUCUAUUGAGUCAUUCAACUGUCAAGCAUUAACCCUCUUCUAGUUUAUCUCUUGAAAUGUUUACAUUAAUAUCAUAUACUCCUAUUAUAAUAUCUUGUCAGCAUUUUAUGAAUUCUAAUGAAAACAGGAUUCCUUUAAUAUAACUGAUCAGUGCAUUCGUGUUCUAUUUGAUCCCUAAAGACCUGAUUAUUAACAACAUAUGGAAGACAAAAAAGCUCAAGGAAUUUUCCCCCUAUGACGAAUCCCAAUUUAAUUCUUGUUAUGAUAGAACAAAUCCUGCCUUACAAGAUAAGGCAAUUCAUAAUUGGGUCAAUUAACAAAAGAAAGCACAUUCUAUUCAAAGAAGAAUUUUACAUUUGCUUAAUGAGGAAUAAAAAAUGAAACACAAAAGAUCUUUAGAAAAACAAUUGGCAAAAAUUUAGAAAUAAAUUGGGUAUGUAGAAGCAUAGUUGGAAUAAAAAUAAACUACUAAAGUUUUAAUUAAGACAAAUCUUAAGACUCUUGAAAUAUUGACAUGUGUAAAUAUUUGUAAAUUAUUUAUUCAAUUUUUCUAAUGCGAAUGA